CCACUCCGUACAACCACAGCUACCAGACCUGGGAAAGCCACUGUUCGGCCAUUCCCAAACCCUAUGCCACAGCUUUUCCCUUUCCCACUUUACAUUUCCCAUUUCCAGUUAUUUUUGGUUAUUCCAGCAUCCCCGUUAUUCCCAUGCCCUCCACUCUCAGUCCCCGCUACGAGGAAUCGCAGUCAGCCGUGGCAUAGCUGAGUCAACAUUGACCCUAGCUAUGUCUCGCCUCAUUCGCCUUUCGUGAUACUCCGCAGUCGUACGAGCCGAUACAAAAAUCAGGAAUGUCCCUCGCUGAGGGUCGUGUGCGUUAAUCCCCCUCUGAAGCUCUGCACAUGGCGUCCUACGAGUCAUCGACAUGACCGUGGACCUGGCGGUCACUGCGACAAUUCAGUCAGCGGACAUACCUCUCUGGAUCACCGCCGAAUAUCUGAUGGAGAAUCGCGACCGUCCAGCUAAGAUAGCCAUCCUCUUCGUCGGAAUCCUCACAAUCGUCAUCCUCUCACUGCGUUUUAUUUCACGAUGGAGCGUGAGACGUCUGGGCAUUGAUGAUGCUUUUGCGGCCCUAUCUCUACUCCUCCAAAUCGCGUUUAUCGUUCUUGCCGAAUUCCUCAUCGACAUAGGGACAGGGAGACAUCUCCAGUACAUCGAAUAUGUAAUGACGCCAAGCCAAACUGAGAAGAGCGAAGUGUUGGAUUUCUCUGCCCACCUUAUCUACACAACCGCUCUGUUCUUUUGCCGACUCUCAGGCCUCGCCUUUUAUCGUCGGCUCUGUGAGCUCCAUGGCCGGUUGUCUCUAGCGAUCAAAUGCGCUCUGGUGCUCCUUACCGCAGCCUACCUGCCACAGAUGUGCCUCAUCAUCUUCCACUGCAAACCAGUAACGGGGCUGUGGCCCUAUCCGUGGGAGCUGAGGUCAGGGGACUACGUCUGCCUAAGAUGGGGGCUGGUCUACACUGUCAAUUCCGGCCUUUCUCUCCUUUGUGACAUUUUCAUGUUCGCGAUUCCUGUCGGCCUGAUACGUACUAUUUCGCUUCCCCCUAGUAGGAAGCUUCAUUUGUACCUUGUUCUUCUGCCCGGAGUGCUUGUCAUUAUAAUAUCAACUGUUCGUGUCUACCUCGUGGUAGAAGGGGAGUGGAGCCCGGACAGCUCAUGGGAUUACGAUCCCAUGCUCGCAAUAGAAAACGCCGAGAUCGGUGGGACGCUCAUUGCCCUCUCCAUUCCCGGAUUGAAGCCCCUCAUCGAUAAAGUGUACAGCGGAUUACGUCGCAGUCGUCCGCCCAAUUUCAUCAUCAGCCCCUCGGUCGUUUUCGCCUCGGAUAUCUCUAAGAGCACUACUAUAGUCGGUAGCAACGCCCUCCCACCGAAUCGCGCCUCUUGGCUAGGAGUGGGCGCGGCGGAUUACGGCCUUUACGAAGUCAACAUGGAGGCUACAAAUAAGAUCCACGAAGUCCCUGCCCGCGUGAACCCGCAGAACCCGUGAAGAAAAGAAGCGAUAUGCUGAGAAGAAAAGACGGCUUACUCACCAAUAACUGUAGUCAUGCUCCGGAGGAUCAGCCCCUACUGAGUCGCAUACGAGUUGCAGAACCACUACUACUCGAGGAAUUGGGAGAGCAAGCCUCCGGCGUG